GAUGUAUAUAUAUGUCGUCAUCACAUUGGCAAAUUGGUCAGCAAGUCCCUUUAAAACCCAACUCUAUCCAUCCAGUCCCCCACCCCUCCCCAAAGAAAAAUCUCCAAGUGAACUUAUUACACACAAACACCUUCUCGAUCAUUUAAUACCCUACCCUAGAUAUUUACUUUCUUGACAUAUUUUUUUUUCUUUUAUGAACAAAAAAGGUGGCAUUUCCAUGGAGAGAUUUAUCAGUAGUAGUUCAAGUAAUAACAGCAGGAGAAGCAUGAAAGAGUUCAACAACAAUGGAGGUGAUUUCCUUGCUGGGUUUUCAUGGCCGCCAAGGUCCUACACUUGCAGCUUCUGCAGAAGGGAGUUCAGAUCUGCUCAAGCUUUGGGUGGCCACAUGAAUGUCCACCGCAGAGAUAGGGCCAGGCUGAGGCACUCCCCACCACCCCCACAGCUGGAGGGUCACUACCCUACAACUACUACAACAACAACUCCUUCAUCUUCCCCUCUUCUUCUCAACCUCAAUCUUGACCCCAUCCACACCACACCAACAAGCCCUAGCCCUAACCCUAACCCUAACCCUAGUUUCUCAACCACACUGCUGACGUCACUGCCCCCGUCGCCCCCGAGGACGAGAAGAUUCCCGGGUUUUGUCCAGUCUUUCGUCCCCUCGUCGUCUGGCGGCGAAGUGGUGGCCGGGAGGUGGAGCACGGUGGAGGGCAUCCCGGUCAACCGCCGCCACCACGUGGUGGCGGCGAACUAUAGGGUGAAAGGGUACAAGAGUGAGGUUGAGGUGGUGAUGCUGAAGAAGGCAGAGAUUGGUAAAGUGGACUUGAAAAUUGGGUUCAAAGAAGAUUUGGACUUGGAGCUUCGUCUUGGAUACACUUGAUUUUAUCAAUUAAUUAAUUACUUGGUAAUUA